AUGUGUGUGAAUUGCAUGGAACCGUCCACAUCUCUCUACCAGAGGUAUUCGGAAGGUGUUAUCCGAUUAUCGGAUUGCAAAGGUUGCGGCGAAGUUGUCGACAAGUAUGUUGAAUACGAUACAAUGCUGGUGGUCAUCGAUCUUAUCAUUCACAACAUCUCUGCAUAUCGUCAUCUUUUAUAUAACAUGAAAAUUCAGAGUCAUGUUCGAUUAGCAGUGAUCUUCUUGUUCUGCGAUGCGUACGACAAGUGGAUUUCGGGACGUUCAGGAGUGUAUAACAUCUACGAUUUGGAGUGGAUAUUUUACAAAAGCCUUCUGCAAAGCUGCAUUGAGAUGGGUACGUAUAUCGGUUUGAUCCUCCUCUGCGAAGUAAUGUUCUUUUCUCGUAGCUCGAAGCGUAUAUCUACAAUCAUUGAAGGAACAAUUAUUGGAUACUAU